AUGGAGCCUGCAAGUCCUUCCAGAGAGGAAUGUCCCAAGGCCCUGGGCAGGGUGGGCAUCAUGGCUGCCGGACUCACGGGAUUGCUUCUCCUUCAGGCAGUUUCUUGGGCAUCAGGUGCCCGCCCCUGCAUCCCCAAAAGCUUUGGCUACAGCUCGGUGGUCUGUGUCUGCAAUGCCACGUACUGUGACUCUCUGGACCCCCUGACCCUGCCUGCCCCUGGCACCUUCACACGCUACGAGAGCACACGUAGCGGGCGCCGAAUGGAGCUGAGUCUGGGGACCAUCCGGGCCAAUCAGACAGGCACAGGGCUGUUACUGACCCUGCAGCCAGAGCAGAAGUUCCAGAAAAUAAAGGGAUUUGGAGGGGCCAUGACGGAUGCUUCUGCUCUCAACAUCCUUGCCUUAUCACCCCCCGCCCAGAAAUUGCUACUCAAAUCAUACUUCUCUGAAGAAGGAAUUGAAUACAACAUCAUCCGGGUACCCAUGGCCAGUUGUGACUUCUCCAUCCGCAUCUACACCUAUGCCGACACCCCUGACGACUUCCAGUUGCACAACUUCAGCCUCCCAGAGGAAGAUGUCAAGCUCAAGAUACCCCUGAUCCACCAAGCCCUCGAGAUGUCCCCGCGCCCUGUCUCGCUCUUCGCCAGUCCUUGGACAUCACCCACGUGGCUCAAGACCAAUGGGAAAGUGAACGGGAGGGGGUCACUCAAGGGUCAGCCGGGGGACCACUACCACCAGACGUGGGCCAGAUAUUUUGUCAAGUUCCUGGAUGCCUACGCAGAGCACAAGUUACAGUUCUGGGCAGUGACAGCUGAGAACGAGCCCACGGCAGGGCUCUUUAGCGGGUACCCCUUCCAGUGCCUGGGCUUCACCCCUGAACACCAGCGAGACUUCAUCGCCCGGGACCUGGGCCCCACCCUGGCCAACAGCGCUCACCGAGACGUCCGUCUGCUCAUGCUGGACGACCAGCGCUUGCUGUUGCCCCACUGGGCCGAGGUGGUGCUGGCAGACCCAGAGGCAGCUAAGUAUGUUCACGGCAUCGCCGUUCACUGGUACCUGGACUUUCUGGCUCCAGCAAAGGCCACCCUGGGGGAGACGCACCGCCUGUUCCCGGACACCAUGCUCUUUGCCUCGGAGGCCUGCGUGGGCUCCAAGUUCUGGGAGCAGAGUGUGCGGCUGGGCUCCUGGGACCGAGGGGUGCAGUACAGCCACAGCGUCAUCACGAACCUCCUCUACCACGUGGUCGGCUGGACUGACUGGAACCUCGCCCUGAACCCUGAAGGGGGACCCAACUGGGUGCGCAACUUUGUGGACAGUCCCAUCAUCGUGGACAUCGCCAAGGACACGUUCUACAAACAGCCCAUGUACUACCACCUCGGCCACUUCAGCAAGUUCAUUCCUGAGGGCUCCCAGAGAGUGGGGCUGGUUGCUAGUGAGGAGACCGACUUGGAAACGGUGGCAGUGACGCGCCCCGACGGCUCUGCAGUUGUGGUGGUGCUGAACCGCUCCUCCAAGGAUGUGCCUCUCUCCAUCAAGGAUCCUGCUGUGGGCUUCUUGGAGACCGUCUCACCGGCCUACUCCAUUCACACCUAUCUGUGGCGUCGCCAGUGA